AUGGUUAAAAGAACACGAGCUACUCAUACAACCUCAAAAUAUUUUGUUCAAAAUCAAGAAAAGAAAAGGAUCAAAAUUGAGACUGUGGAGUGUGAACAAAUUUCCUCAAAGUCCACAGAUGAGGAAUUAGAAGUAUCAUCGAAGGUACAGAUAGAAAAAACAGAAAUCAAGACGGAGUCGAAAGUCGUAGAGAAGAAAUUAGAGCAUAUUGCAGUUGAAAUAGCUCAAGAUGAAAUACCACCCAAUAUAUUUAAAAAAGUUGAUCCUAUAGAUGAAGAUAUUGGUCCUCAAAACUGGUCCAAAAUAUAUAAUUCAAUAGUGAAAAUGAGAUCAAAAUUUCUUGCACCAGUUGAUAUACAAGGUUGUGAAUCAAUGCCAAAUACCAUCACUAAAAAUUUAAAAUUUACUGAUCCCAAAAAAUUUCGAUUUCAAUUAUUAAUUUCAUUAAUGUUAAGUUCACAAACAAAAGAUGAAGUUAAUUUUGAAGCAAUGAAUAAAUUAAAUAAUAGCUUGAAUAAAACUCAUCCUAAUGGAUUUUGUAUUGAAGCUGUUUCUCAAUUAACUGAAAAAGAAAUUGAUUCAUUUAUUUGUAAAGUUGGAUUUCAUAAUAGGAAAGCAAUAUAUAUCAAAAAAUCAUGUGAAAUAUUGAAUAAUCAGUUUAAUGGAGAUAUUCCUAAAACAAUUGAGGAAAUAGUAACUUUACCGGGUGUUGGUCAUAAAAUGGGAUAUUUAUUAUUACAAUGUGGAUGGAAUAUAAAUAGUGGGAUUGGAAUUGAUGUUCAUUUACAUAGGCUUUCAUUACUAUGGCAUUGGGUCUCAUCAAAGGCUAAAACUCCCGAGAAAUGUAGAUUAGAGUUAGAAAGUUGGCUACCUAGAAAUUAUUGGAGUGAUAUCAAUCCUUUGAUAGUUGGAUUUGGUCAAGUUAUAUGUGUCCCAAGAGCACCAAAUUGUGAUAUAUGUGAUUUAGGUAAGAAUGGAUUAUGUAAAGCUGCUGAUAAAAAAUUGGUGAAGCAACAACCUAUUACAGAGGAAAGAAGAAUCAAAUUAAUGAAACAAAGAGCUGAUUUAACUAAUUUACUCAAUGACUUAAUUUAG